ACUUCCGCCCGUGUGACAGUGACGUCGUGCGCAAAAAAAAAACCAAAACAAAAAUAAAAACUGAUAAACUGAUGAGUGGAUAAAUAGGUACAGAUAUAAAAACUAUAUGCUUCAUUCAACAGAAUAGCGUUUUCUUCAUGUCUCGUACUAAAGCCCGGAAGAUGCAUUUCUAUUCCGUAAAUACCGUCGCUUUGACGAUCUUUGCAGCGACCCUGUGCCUGCAGAGCCGGUUUGCCGUAGGAGCGCCGCCGAAUUUCGUACUGCUCUUCGCCGACGAUUUGGGAUUCGGCGAUCUGGGCAUUUACGGACACCCCAGUUCCAGGACACCCAACCUGGAUCACUUAGCAGCCAACGGCCUUCGUUUUACCGACUUCUACUGCACCAGUCCCGUUUGCAGCCCUUCCAGAGCAGCAUUGCUGACUGGUCGUUUGCAGACUCGCUCCGGGGUCUAUCCGGGCGUCUUCUACCCGAGCUCCCGGUCGGGGCUCCCGCUGAACGAAACCACUAUAGCGGAAGUGCUGAAACCUCUGGGGUACGCGACGGCCAUUGUCGGCAAGUGGCACCUGGGGCUGGGCCUGAACGGAAUGUACCUCCCCAUCCACCAGGGCUUCGACCACUAUGUCGGAGUGCCCUAUUCACAUGAUCAGGGUCCGUGCGCCAAUCUGACCUGCUUCCCCCCAGACGUUAAAUGCUUCGGUAAAUGUGAUGUGGGGGAGGUCACAGUUCCACUGAUGUUCAACGACACCAUCAAGCAGCAGCCGGUCAGCUUCCCAGACUUGGAGAAGACGUACAGCGACUUCGCCGUGCAGUUCAUCCAGACGUCAGCCAAGAGGAAACAGCCCUUCUUCCUAUACUAUCCAUCACACCACACCCACUAUCCCCAGUUUGCUGGAAAGGAGGCCACUGGUCAGUCGUCAAGGGGCAAGUUUGGAGACUCUCUGUACGAGCUGGACAGGACAGUGGGGAAGAUCAUUCAGGCCCUGCAGGACGGCGGCGUCCAUAACAACACAUUGGUGGUCUUCACUGCUGAUAAUGGGCCAGAACUAAUGAGAAUGUCACGUGGGGGCAACUCAGGCCUCCUGAAGUGUGGCAAGGGGACGACCUAUGAAGGGGGCAUGAGGGAGCCCGCCAUCGCCUACUGGCCGGGGAAGAUCCAGCCAGGUGUCACUCAUGAGCUGGCCAGCACCCUGGACAUCCUGCCCACCUUUGCCAGCCUUGGGGGAGCAAAGCUUCCCCAGGUGUAUCUGGACGGGUUUGAUAUGAGAUCCAUCCUGUUCAGGAGCGGACCGAGUAAGAGAAAGGCCAUGUUUUACUACCCCGAUGACCCUAACGAGAAGUAUGGGCUGUUUGCCGUGAGGGUGGGAAAGUAUAAGGCCCACUACUACACUAGAGGUUCUCCGCACAGUGACACCACAGCAGACCCCGAUUGUAGCUGGCAGUCCACCCUCCAGCAGCACGACCCCCCCCUGCUCUUCGACCUGGCGACAGACCCUUCAGAGAAUUACAACUUAGCUGCUUCCCCCAACCCGGAGUACAAGGCCGUGCUGCAGAUGAUCCAGGAAGUGAAGACCGAAUUUGAGGAGACGAUGGUGUUCGGAGAGUCUCAGAUAGCAAAGGGAGGUGACCACGCGCUGGAGCCCUGCUGUAAGCCACAGUGCAUCCCCAAACCUAUUUGCUGUACCUGCUAGCCUGGGGUCAAAUCAGAUAACAGCCACGGUUUCAAUCAGAUCACACACAACCAAUCAUAUGCCACUUACAAAAUCUGAAAAAAAUUUUAUUGGCUGAAAUAUUUCACCAUAGGCGUGAUUUUCGUGCUUAUGAUUAGAUUUUGAAAUGCCUUUUUAUGUAAUGAGAUUGUUGUCUGAGUCUGCUUGUUUACCUUCUUAACAAAAAUAGUCCAAAUGAUGAGGGAUUUGCAACCCGGAGUUACACCAGGGAGCAUCCACACAUUUUAAAUGGUGGAUAAAGCAACCUGAGGCUAAUUCAAGCACAUCAGUGCAAAGCCUGUGUUAUGUUGGAAUUUGUAAGAAGACUAUGAAUACAUUUAUGGGUGCUAUUUAAGGAUGGAAUUCCGUCAUCUCAGGGUACACACUGGAAAACACGUAAAGGGUCGUAAUUAAUAUAAAAGGAAUAUGCAUUUUGAUAACUUUUCUGUGCCUUAAUGAUACUAAUUUUGUGUUUAAUGCUAAUAAAGGUAACUGACUAAAAUCAUAUUUGACCGCAAUAAAUCAGACGUGAAAGAAA